AUGCAUUCAAACAGGAAUGAAAACAAGGUCAGUAUGAAAUCAAACAUUCCUGUUCUGCAGAGCAGUGGGCGAAUCCUGAUGCACUCGUUAUCAGCCAAUGUAAGUAGUGAGCAUGGCAAAGAACAAUCGUCAGGGUAUGGAGUAACAGAAGUUGAAAUAUACAGCAGUAAAGAAGCUUCAAACAACCAUGAAUACGUCUCUGGGGGACGCCAGAUAACCUAUUCCGCAUCGGAAACAACAAACAGCCAUGUUGAAAGGAAAAUGGACUCUUGUGGAGUCAUUGAUGAUAACGAGCAGAAACCAAAGAGCUUUACAGGGGACGGUCACCCUUUAGGAAGACAGAAAAUGAUUUACUCGUCAUCUGGAGUUAUAACAAGUAGCCAGGCAGCAGGAAGAUUUUACCGACAAGAUGGUAACGAAAGUGGUAUGCGAACCAGCAAGGACAGUGGCUUUGGGGAAAGUGACAGUGUAAGUCAACUAAGCGGCGAGAUCGAUGGUUCAGUAACAGAGGAGUUUCGGAUCGAACUGAACGAGAGUGAGGAAGAGGCCUUGAAAGAAGAGCUGCUGCAUAUAUUUGAAAGAGAAAGAACUACGUUGGAAGUGUAUUUCAAGAAGAGGAUGGAAGAAACUCUGCGUGGAUUCAGGAGCAGACAACUAGAGUGGGACGAGGCGACACGAGCAGAGAGAGCAGAGCUUGAGAAGAACGUGUCUAUGGAGAAGAUGGAAAUGCAGAGGAACUUCGCUGAAGAGAUUGACAAACUGACUCAGUCAUUUCGUGAAGAGAGACAACAGCUUGACCAGUAUUAUAAGGAGAAGUUAGAAGAACUUCGGGAAAAAUUAGGAACCGAGCAAGGAAGAAUGGAGGAAAACUUUGCAAGAGAAAAAAUUGAGCUCAAGGAAAAAUUGGAGGCUGAAUAUCAAGUCAUGUUAGAGAGGGAAAUUUCACGCGUGGAAGAAGAAGCGAUACGUGAAAAAUCAGAAACGGAACAGCGCAUAAAUAAUGAGAAACUCGAAAUGGAGAGUAGCUUCAAUCUACGCCUCUCUGAGUUCGAAAGUAACUUGAAGAGAUCCAGCGCUGAAUUUGAAGCUAGCAUGACACAAGAAAAAAUUCGAAUGGAAAAAGAAUUCCAAGAAAAGAGUAGGGCGUUUGAGGACAGUUUGCAGGAAGAGAAGCUGUUGAGACUUGAUGUAGAAAAAGAAUUAGAGCGAGAGAGAGAGAAAUCUGUCAACGGUGAAUCGAUGAAUAGAAAAGAAAACGAACGCCUUCGGAAAGAAAUCGAGGUACUACGCCUUGAAAUUGAGGAGAAAAACAGAGUGUACGAAGAAAUAACGUUUUUUCAGGAAACAUUGACUUCAAAAGGACGUGAAGGACUCAGUGGCAAACUGAAGGAUGACUUUGAAAAACUGUUAGCAGAUCACAAAACGGAACUAGAUAAGACAUUCCACACCGAAAAAGAGGCGCUUGAUCAAAAAGUACAAUCUGAGAGACGACAGAUACAGGAAGAGCUUGAUCGAGAAAAAGAGAAAAUUAAGGUGGAGAAGGAUGAAAUUGUCAAAACAAGAGAAAGACUAAGGGUCGAGGGAAAAGGCCAAGUAGACAAUUCGCAAAGGCAACCAAGUGAUGGUGAGUGGACGAGAUCAUCUCUGGGGCACCUACAGAACGUGCGUGUCGGUGAAACAGAAAGUAAAGGAGUGUUUCAACAUCAAAGGGGAAACCGUCAGGCUGAACUCGGAAGUGGAACUGUUGGAUUGUCAGCGAAUCGUGGAGAAGUCUCUGAUGGUGUCAGAGAUGUGACGAGUCUUACUAACUGGAAAUCGUAUCAGCAUUCACAACAAGAACGGUCACAGACAGAAAUCACGUGGACAGGAGCAUAUGAUGCCGACUCCUGUGGUGUUCAAGGUGGCUUCACUGGUAGUCAACAAAAGCACGAUUUUGCCAGUGAUAAAGCAGGUCCUUCCUACUGGCAAUCGUAUCAGCAACUACAACACCCUCAGCAAGACAGUGUAGGGACCGGAACGUUAGCUGGCAACUCCCAUGUCGAUCAACCUGCUGUCACUGGUAUCCAUGGACAGCAUGUAGGUACGGAUUAUAAUUCUAAGAAUGACUCGACUUUGCAGUCACAAUUUCACACCAGCCUCGUGUAUCAUGAAAAACGAGCUUUGCCAAGCAACGGUCAAGUUGGACUCUUGGACUCUGAAUCUAGAUCAAUGGAGGAGCCCCAGGCCAGGAGCAUGUCAUUUCAUCACACACCGACAGACAACGAAUCGGCGUUACGAUUUGAGAUUGAUGCAUUGAAAAGUGAAAAUAAAGGUUUAAAAGCCAAGAUUGUAGCGCUGGAGGAAAACAUCGACCUUCAUAAACAGUACAAAGAGGAAGCCAAGGCUGAAAUGGAAAGACUCCUGAAAGCAAACCAGGACAAAGACCUAAGGCUCAAGACCCGAACCAAGCAGGUUGAGGAGACUAGUAAAAUGAAAGCCGAAAAAGAGGAUGAUAGAAAACGACUUCACAAUGACCAGACAAGCUUCCACACUCAUGAGGAUAGGGCCAGAAGGUUCGAAAACACCGAUCGGCACUUGGAAGAGAAACUACGGGGGCUGGAGGCUCGAGCAGCCAAAGCUGAAAAGACCUCAAUAGACUACGACACCAAGACUCAGCUCACUGCAGAGCGAAGAAGAGAACAGAGAAGACAAGAUUCCAAUAGACAUAAAGAUGACAUUCAAGGCCAACGGAGUGUACUGAGCCCGAGACAAAAGGGUAAAUCGCAGCAUGAAUUAGAGGUAAGAUAUGACACCCAGGAUUCUUCAUACAAGGCAAAAUAUGAAGCAGCAUUACGAGAAAAGAACAGACUUCUUCAGGUCAUCAGGGAACUGGAACUGAAAAUCAAAACUUUGGAGCAAAAGAAGAUUGAGCUACUUCAUCAAACUUCGCAACAAGGAAAGUCCUUAGAGAAAAGUGACGAAACUGAACGAAUCAAGCGCCUGGUCUCUGAGAAUUCUUCCCUGAAAGAAAGAACUUCAGAAUUGCAAAAUCAACUGGAACGGCUGUUGGAAAAACUGAAAAAUGAGAAAGAAAAGGCUACCAGUUUUGAGACAGAAAUAUCCACCCGCAAGACUGAAAGUCUUCACAACAUUAAGGGCUUACAAGAUAGGCUCUUGCAUACUGGCCGAGAGCUUUCUAGCUCUCGUGGAGAACUGGACCUUGAUGCACUAAAGAGAAUCGAAAGAGAAAUUUUCACCAUUGGUCAGAUCAUCAGGACUCAAUUUGAAGGUAGCAGAGAGGAUUUGUCUUACUCAUCAGUGGCUAUGGACCCGGCCCGGAUCGCUCAACUGGAGGUGGAGAAAAAGGAGUUGGAGACUAAGCUUUUCCUGGCUAGGGAAGCUAUGAAUGAAUACGUUACACGUUUAAAUGAGAAGAUGCAGGACGUGGAAAGUAUGGCAGGAAUGUCAGGGGAAGUGAUUCAGGAAUUGCAUAUGAGGAAUGAUAACUUAGAAAAGAGUUUGCAAGACUUGGAAGAUGGACAGAAAACAUCACAUUUACAGAACGAGCAACUGCGUCAUCAGAGAUCAGCUCUUCAGAAUCUAAUCGGAGAUUUGUGCAGCCACGAUGAGCUACCUCCUAUGUCAUAUAACUCAUCACCAAGAUACUUCGAUUCCGAACACAGAAGCAGAAGCAACGAUAACAAGGAGUUUGGUGAUGCUUCAUACAGCGCAUCCUCAAACUAUCUCGACUCCACAUACAAAAGCAAAUAUGCCAGUGGACACGAUAAAGAGAGUUUGGAUAGUUCGUCAUAUAACCCGUCAUCAAAAUUCAUAGGUUUUAAGUACGAUGACAAAGAUGACGGAAUCCGCGAUAAUCGAUACAAAGAUUUCGACUCGAGGCUGGAAGAUAGAUACGUAACCAAAGGUUCUAAAGAGAUCUACGACGGUCAAAAGUCCAGCGGAAGAGCAAAAGGGGAAAACUACCGGUGUAUUUUUAAGGACUGUCCUAGCAAUUCAGGUUUUUGA